CUUUACGCGGGUGCCUUCAAUCACUUCCGGUUUCCUCUUGUCCGCCUCGCCAAAAAAAAAACGUUGGAGAUGAAUCUAUGAAAACGUACUUUCGCUUUCUCUCGCUUUCCCACUAAAGGGACAAAUCGCUGCCAUAUUUAUCCACAUUGAACGUCCGUACAGCGCCGGUCGACUAACGCCGCUUUAAAGGUCGCUAAACAUGUCCGGCGAAGAAGCGGGCAGCACGGAUGCUAACGCUGGGGAUGAGGAGGAAGAAUGGUUGUAUGGAGAUGAGUCUGAGAGCAAAGACGAGGAAGAAGAAGCCCAAACGAAUGCUACAGACAGUGCACCUGCCGAUGCGUCUACCGAGGAAGCGGCAGCAGCUGAGGAUGGCGACGAUGCUGAAGCGCAUGUUGAAGCUGCACACGCUACAGGAAACGGCGUGGCCUCAGAGUCUCAGGCCACCGGGGACGCUGCGGGCGAGGACGUGGAGAGUGACAGCGACAGUGACGAUGACGACGACGAUGUCCGUGUCACCAUUGGAGACAUAAAAACCGGGGCGCCUCAAUACACACCGUAUGGAGCCCCUCCAGUCAAUCUCAACAUUAAAACACCUGGCUCCAGAUCUUAUGGACAAGUUAAUGCAAAACUGAAAGGAGUGGAUCUUGACGCCGCUGGCAGCAUCAAUGGUGUCCCCGUGCUUGAAGUGGACUUGGAGUUGUUUGAGGAGAAACCUUGGAGGAAACCAGGUGCGGAUCUGUCCGACUACUUCAACUAUGGCUUCAAUGAGGACACAUGGAAGAAUUACUGUGAGAAACAAAAGCGUAUACGCAUGGGCCUGGAAGGCUCUGUGACAAGUAAAAUCACCGUCCAACAAGGCAGAAUAACUACGGAGAAGGAUGCACCCACUCUUCCUGUCCACACUUCCAAGCCCGACUUCCAAUCUCAAGUCAAUCUCUACAAGUCUGUCACCAGUCAGGUCCCUAGGAUCUCCCCCCCUCAGUGGCAUGGCCCGCCUCUCCAGGACAUGUCUUUUUAUACUAAGUUAAGCGGGAGCAUAGAUGUAAUUGGCGGGCAGACGGCCACCAUCAGUCGGGUGGAAGGGCGACGCAGACACAACCUGGAAGGCAACAACAUCCAGGUGAUCUCUGAACACUCCACGUCAGAGCCAGAGUCUGCCACUCCCAAGAUGCCCACCUUCUUCCCCCCGGGUCCCCUCCCUCCAAACAUCCCCCCGCCGCCUUUUCUGCCCCCGCCACCGAACGUCAGCUCUGCGCCGCCUCUUAUCCCUCCACCCAGGUUGCCCAUCACUGUACCACCUCCAGGAUUUCCUCCUCCACCCAGCGGUCCCCCGCCUUCUAUCAUUCCCACUAUGGACAGCCAUGUUGGAGGUUACGAUGGACGUCCGUUGCCUCCAUUUCCAUUCCCUCAAGGAGGCUACCCUCCCCCCAUGUCCGGAGGCGUGCCUCCUUCUUGGCCCCCGAUGAUGGAUAACUCCAAACCGUGGGACUACUAUCCUCGGCGGGACGACAAGCGUGACAAAGACAGAGAGCGGCCCCGAGAGAGGACGCACGAGCGAGAGAGAGAUAGGGAGAGGGAACGAGAGCACAGCCCUUCAGUGAUUGGCUACACCAGCGACGAGGAGCGGUAUCGUUACCGCGAGUACCAGGAACGAGCUUAUGUGGACCGCCAUCGCGAGCGGGCAAGUCGCGAGAAAGAAGACCGACACCGGGAGAGGCGGCACCGAGAAAAAGACGAGGGACGCCACAAGUCGUCUCGCAGUAGCAGCAGCAGGAGGAGACACGACAGCGAAGAGGGCGACAGCCACCGAAGGCACAAACAUAAGAAGAGCAAGAAGAGCAAAGAAGGCAAGGAGACCAGCGAGGACAUGGGCGCAGACCAAGAGAAUCAGGAGGCCAUGGAGUGAAAAACGCCUCCUCUCUCUCUCUCUCUCUUUUUUUUUCUCUCUCUCUCUGUGUCUCCUUGUCCCACCCGCCGCGUUGCCCACUUAAGAGGAGAAAGAAAAUGGAGGAGACGGUGCCAGUGAUGCAUGUCUCCUGUCAUUUGUCUAACCAUCAAUCCACAUCAAACUGUCGCCGUCCUUCCUCACCAGGAGGACGGAUGCCGUGGUGAAGGAGCAGACGACAUUGGCUCCGCCUCCUCCUUCCCUUUCUCCUCCAGCAUAUUUUCUCCUUUUCUUUCAUCCCCUUCAGUUGUCAAUUAGGUUUUUCUUGUGUACGAAGACAGAAAUUGUCACUUAGUUCCAGUUUGUCAAUCUCCAUUAAAAAAAAAACACAUUUUUGAUAA